AUGGUCGCUCCGUACAAUGAGUUUGGGAUUCGACCAUGUGUCGUGCUGCUGAAUAAUGACGAUGUUUUAAAUUAUGAAAUUCAACAGAAAAAGUGCCAAUUCCUUGCUGGAGUCGACCUUCGGUGUGGACAAUCAGUUAGCCAAAGUGCUCGCGAAAAUUCGCUGAAAGAUCUCCGAAAUCCUUUUAAUAAACCAAAAUUCCGUCACACAAAAAAGCGAAAACGUGAGCGGGACAUGUUCUACCGCCGUUCCAUUCGCUUAUCCCGUCAAGGAUUUCUCAAUCACAAUCUUAGCACGCACCACAGCGUUUACUUCAAACUUCGCAGACAUUUGAUCGAAAAUUUUCGUGCAGGUUUGGUAACUAAAAUUUCGUGCAACAACUGCUACGUUAAAUUAACUCCUUUGGAUCUAUCGAAUUACGUGUACACCGAUUCGUCUGACACAGCCACCGUCAGUACUGAUAGUGGCAGCAGUAGCAUAGCAAACGAAUCUACUUCAUCACAGUCAUCAGCAAUAUCAUCUGCUGAUGAGGAUUCGAGUUCUCAAGUUCCCUUUGGAAGAAAUCUUCAGAUCGCCCUCCCUCCACUUCCUAUCCACGUUCUUGAUCAACGGCCGGCUUCAGCCUCCUUUAUGCGUGGCCGUACCUUUGACGUAUCGAAGCUAGACCAGGAUCGGGGUCGUUGA